GAUGGGGUGGAUCUCAUGAAAAUUCCACUCCCGUGGCUCUUGGUGCACGAGUUACGCGAGCACGGCUCCGUAUAUCCGUUCAUCAUACUCCUCAAAUUUCUCCCCUCAAAUGUCUGGCAAUUGAGGAUAGACACUUCUCCUUCGCUCUGUCCCUCUCUCUCAGCUCUCCUUGAGCUGAAGAUAGAAGAAGAAAAGAAAGAGAGAGGAGAAGUCAAUUAAAGCCCAAUUACCUCUGGCGCCCGCAUAUACAUCGAAACUCUGGUGUAAUGUCGAGCGGGAACCAGCCCCCUCCCUCACCACCAUUCCGUCCGUACCGCAUGGUCCGCACCCUAACGGGUCACUCCCAAGCCAUCUCAUGCGUCAAAUACUCCAACGAUGGGAAGCUCCUCGCAUCAGCCUCCCUCGACAAGACCAUGAUCGUGUGGGAAUCCCCGACGCUGGCCCUACUUUCCCUUCUCCAUGGCCACUCCGAAGGCGUCUCCGACCUGGCUUGGUCCUCUGACUCUCACUACAUCUGCUCCGCAUCCGACGAUCGCACCCUCCGCAUCUGGGAUGCCGGUGCCGGGGAAUGCGUCAAGACCCUUCGCGGCCACUCCGGCUUCGUCUUCUGCGUCAACUUCAACAAUCAAUCCAACCUCAUCGUCUCUGGCUCCUUUGACGAGACUCUCCGCGUCUGGGACGUCAAGACCGGCCGCUGCAUCCACGUCAUGAUGGGCCACACCGACCCUGUCACGUCUGUCAACUUCAUCCGCGAUGGGUCCAUCAUCGUGUCGGGGAGCCAUGACGGGACGUGCAGGAUCUGGGAUGCUGAGAAGGGGACGUGCUUGAAGACACUUAUCGACAGCAAGACCCCAGCAGUGUCCUUUGCCAAGUUCUCGCCCAAUGGGAAGUUCAUACUCGUCGCCACCCUUGACGACACCCUUAGGCUUUGGAACUACUCAACGGGGAAGUCUAUGAAAAGUUACACUGGCCAUGUUAAUAGAGUAUACUGCAUAACAUCCACGUUCUUGUUGACCAAUGGCAAGUACAUCGUAAGUGGGUCAGAGGAUCAUUGUGUCUACAUAUGGGAUCUCCAAGGGAAAAAUAUGGUUCAGAAAUUGGAAGGCCACACCGACACUGUUAUCUCUGUCUCCUGCCACCCUGUUGAGAACAAGAUUGCUUCCGCAGGCCUAGCUAAGGAUCCAACAGUGAGGAUUUGGGUUCAAGAUCCGUGAAAAAGGCACUUUGAUAAGAUAAUUUAUAUGGAAGCAGUGAAAUUGAGAAUACUAUGGAAGUUCUUAUCAAUUAGCAUCGGUCAUGUCGACAGAGCGUAUGGCAUAUCAUCUACUUCUGCAGAACAUCAUCAUCAUACUGGGGGAGGGUUAAUUGUGUCUACUUAAAGAUAUUCGAUGUUCUGCCACCCAGUAAGACGAAAAUUGCUUCUGGCUGGCUUCGAUGACAAUACAACUUAGAAAUUUUUUGAUGAAACAUUUCAUGUUGUUCCUCAGAAUUCAUGUAAAAUUUGAGCCUUUUCUCUUAGGAUUUGCAAUUCCAUUAUACAUAAGCUCCUGAUUUAUGCUCAACUUCUAUAUAAUCUCAAUUCCUUA